GGUGAAACACAGUAGAUUGCAAGCAUAUAUACAAAAAUGAAGUGAGUCCUCCAGAUUAGUGAUAAUACAUACAAUUAAUACCAAAAAAAAACUUCUAACAUAACCAGUGAUAACACUUCCUCUAUAUAGUCCAGCAAUUAGGUUUCUCUUAUCAAACCCUAAACUAAGCUCAUGCCAGAAACAGACAUGCAGCUCUUGUUUCUCUCCCUCCUCCUCCUGAUAACUCUCUGCAUCGCCCUUUCUCUUCGCAUCCUUUCCCCUAAACCCAUACAAUCCGGUGCCCGGAAAAACCUCCCACCGGGGAAACUAGGUUGGCCGGUUCUUGGCGAAACCCUAGAAUUCCUUUCCACGGGCCGGAAAGGGACCCCGGAAAAGUUCAUCAAAGAUAGAACCCAUAAGUACUCACCAGACAUCUUCAAAACUUCAUUACUUGGUGAACCAACCAUGGUUCUCUGUGGCCCUAGCGGGAACAAGUUCUUGUUCUCGAACGAGAAUAAGCUUGUCUCGGCUUGGUGGCCUCGUUCUGUGGAGAAGAUCUUCCCUUCUUCUCUCCAAACUUCCACUAAGAAUGAAUCCAUGAAAAUGAGAAAAUUGCUUCCCGGGUUUUUGAAACCAGAAGCAUUGCAAAACUAUGUGGGAAUCAUGGAUUCAAUAGCUAAGAAACAACUAGAAACCAGCUGGGACUUCAAAAAAGAAGUUGAAGUUUUCCCACUUGCCAAACACUACACUUUUGCAGUAGCGUGUAGAUUGUUCCUAAGCAUUGAAGACCCCAAACACAUUGCAAAAUUCUCUGACCCUUUUCAUGUGUUGGCUGCUGGGGUCAUAUCAUUGCCUAUAAACUUCCCGGGGACAGCUUUCAACCGCGCAAUCAAGGCCGCAGAGAUGAUAAGGAAGGAGCUAUUAGGAAUAAUCAAGCAGAGAAAGAGUGAUUUGACGGAGAAGAAGUCGUCGGUGAGACAUGAUAUACUGUCCCAUAUGCUUACUACGACUGACGAAAAUGGGCAGUUCAUGAAUGAGAUGGACAUUGCUGAUAAAAUACUUGGCUUGCUUAUAGGUGGCCAUGACACUGCAAGUGCUGCAAUCACUUUCAUCGUGAAGUACCUUGCGGAAUUACCAGAUGUCUACAAUGAAGUCCUGAAGGAGCAAAUAGGGGUUGCAAGUGAGAAGCAACAUGGGGAGUCACUAAGUUGGGGUGACUUGCAGAAGAUGAAGUAUUCAUGGAAUGUUGCAAGUGAGGUGAUGAGGCUUGCACCACCGCUUCAAGGGAAUUUUAGGGAGGCCAUAACUGAUUUCACCUAUGCAGGUUUCUCCAUUCCCAAAGGAUGGAAGUUAUAUUGGAGCGCGAAUUCAACACACAAGAGUCCAGAUUACUUCCCCGAACCAGAGAAGUUUGAUCCAUCGAGGUUUGAAGGAAAAGGACCGAUCCCUUACACAUAUGUUCCUUUUGGAGGAGGGCCUCGAAUGUGCCCCGGUAAAGAGUAUGCUCGAAUGGAAAUACUUGCUUUCAUGUACAAUGUGGUGAGGAAGUUCAGAUGGGAAAAGCUACUUCCAGAUGAGAAUAUCAUAGUUGAUCCCAUGCCAAUGCCUGCAAAAGGACUUCCUAUUCGUCUACAUCCCAACUGAUCAACCUAGCUAGGCCUCCUUUUUAAUUAUAUACAUAGAAAUAGACAUAUCUAUGUGUAUGUUAAUUAAAGGCUAGCUUGUUAUUGUGAUCUCUCAAAAAGAAAGAGACACAAUGGAUAUAUAGAUGCUAAAUAAAAAGGCAACUGUGUGUAAUGUGUGUGUGUGUGUUAUAGUUUGGUUUCAUGUACGUGAUCUCUAAAGGAAGAGAAACAUACAACCUAUACUUCAUGUAAUCUGUGUUAUAAGUUGAAUUCAUGUAUUCUGAAUCAGUGUUAUUUUAUGGAAUCAAAGUUGUUUAAUUUC